AUGGUUCCAAAAGAAAAGGUUACAUGGGAUUUUUUCCAAGAAGAAUUCAGAAUGAAGUACAUAAGCCAGAGGUUCAUUGAUCAGAUAUGGAAAGAGUUUCUCGAGCUGAAACAAGGUAAAAUGUCUGUGGUAGAAUAUGAACAUGAAUUUGUUCGACUUAGCAAGUAUGCUCAGGAGUGUGUGUCUACCGAAGCUAUUAUGUGCAAGAGUAAAGCCGAAGAGCUGAACAAAGAAAAGAUAAAAGCUGUGAUUGCAGCCAGAGAUGCAAGAAAGAGGCCAAUGAGUAAGUUGUUCCAAUCUCAGUCAAAGAAUUCCAAAGAGAUGAAUCCUCGAUUGACGGUUUCAGCUGGAUAUUCGCACCGAGACCGUGGGAGAUCAUACUCGGGUUCUAAAGCUCAAGCUACUUCAAUGGCAAGUGUGGGCAACGUGAGGCCUAAUAGACUUGAGUGUCAGCAUUGUGGUAAGCAACAUCAAGGUGAGUGUUGGGCGAUUAGUCGUGGUUGUUUCAGGUGUGGUUCUCCAUAA